CGCACGGAGCCCGGGCUGGGAGCGGGGCUGGAGCAGGAGCAGGAGCAGGAGCAGGAGCAGGAGCAGGAGCAGGAGCAGGAGCAGGAGCGGGGCGGCAGGACACCGGCGAGAUGUUCGCUGUCUGCCCAGCAAACCCCCGGUUCCAGCAGGGCCGGGGGGGCCCAGCGCCGGGCACGGCCGUCCCUGGGGCGCCGCGUGGGCCGGACUCCAACUCCAACUUCGUGGGAGAGGUGUGUGACAGCAACGAGAACUGGAGCCAGCCAGCGCCGGGGUCCCCGCCGGAGGAGGGCUCCAGCCGGAGCGAAAACACCACAAAUCCCUCUGAUAAUCUGCUGUUAUUAAUGCAGAGACAGAUGGUCCAGGGCCGGCUUAGGGACAGCGCCCCGGGCCCGGGCGACGCGCACCCCGAGCAGGGCGUGCGCAGCCCCCCCGAGGGAGCCGAGGGCAGCGGGGCAGGGGGACAAAACCCAGCCGAGGGGGCGGCCGGGGGAUGUGUCAAACCCCCGAGCUCCCCCGCAGAGGACAACGGCUACACCAGCAGCUCCCUCAGCAUCGACAGCCCCGAGAGCACCUGCAGCACCACCUGGGACCCUCCCGCCUCUGCCCCCCAGGCCAGGAGCCCCCCUGAGGCAGGACCGGCCGAGCCGGAGCUGGGGACCCUCUUCCCGGUGCUGGCAGAGGCCGUGCAGCACCUCCAGGACAAGGAGCGCUUCAAGGAGCAGGAGAAGGAGAAGCACCACAUCCAGCUGGUGAUGUACCGGCGCCUGGCCCUGCUGCGCUGGAUCCACGGCCUGCAGCAGAAAGUGGUGGACCAGCAGAACCGGUUGCAGGAGAGUUUCGACACCAUCCUGGAUAAUCGCAAGGAGCUGAUCCGCUGCAUGCAGCAGGGCCCAGCCUGCCUCGCUGCCCCCGGCCCCUGAGGUGCCACCAGCGCAGCCCGGCCCAGCCGUCACCCUCCGGAUGGUGUGGGGUUGGCUGGUGGCAUCUCCGUCCUGUGCCAAGCACUCACCGGGCCCCUGGGUGCCCACCCUGCCCUUCCCGUCUCUCUCUGACCCAGCCAAGAGUCCCCGAAGCGUUCAUCUCCAUUAUCCCUCUGCACUGGAAUUUGUUUUGUCCUGCACUGGGCUGGGUUGACCUCAGGCCCUUGGGGUUUGCAGAGCCCGAGGUGACCAGGCUGGUCUUUAAACCUAAUCUAGUCGAUUGUUGAGCCUGGCUUAGCCACACCCGUGCUGGGAUGGCCGUGCUGGAGCUGCAGGGCAGUGAGGGCCCCAGGGCAGUGAAGCUUUUAAACCUCCCUGGGCAAAAGCACUUCCAGCAUGUGCCUCAUCCCCACAUCCCACCUGCAGCCACAGCCCAGCCCCUUGCUGGUGAGAGUGAGGUGUCCUGGGCUGGGAGAGAGAGAAGAAAUCAUUCUGAAAAGCGACCUCAGAAUGCUGAAAAGUGAAUUUAAGUCGAAUGAUCCAACAGCAAUCUAUGUUUUUAAUGUCAGUAGUAGAGAGGAGUUAAUUCAGGUCUAUGCGUGUGUGCACGUCUGUCUGCUGUGGGCGAUGCUCUCGCUCAGUGCAUGAUCCCAAAGCUGCUCAUCAACUUGUGGUGUUGGUGUUUACAUUAGUUUAUCAUUUGAGAGCAAAGAGGGGUUUUUUUCUUUUUUUUUAAUCUGCGUUUUAUCCUGCCAGAGCUGUGCACAGAACCCAAAGAACGAUUGUCUUAACUAGAGAUGGGAAAGGAGCUGCUGUGUGUGUUUGCUGUGCUUUGCUAUGGGACACACAUUCCAUGUAAGUGCUGGUGUGGAGGAGCAGCAGUGGGCAGUGAGGGCUCAGCCAGAGGGGUCUGCACUCCCUGUCCCGCCCCAGUGACCAAUCAAAACCGGGCACUGAUUCCAUUUCUCAUCUGCAAAGGAGGGAGGUGAGGGAGAUGAGGUGAGGGAGAUGAGGUGAGGGAUUCCAGCGCUGCCGUGUUCCUCCCAGCCAAACUGCUUCCUGCCAUCGGAGGAGCCACUUCACCAGGACCCCAGCAAACAGCGGAAUCUGGCAGCCUGGUCAGAUCCUGGCACCCAGCGCCCACCAGAUGCUCCUGGACUGUGGAUAAACUUGGAUAACCAAGCCCACCAGUGACCCACCAGCCUCCUCCCGCCCCACACGGGGCACAGCCGGGCUCUGCUCCCCCUGGGGCUGCUGCCAGGGGGUGAAGUGAGGAGAUCCACAAAAAUCCUCUUCCAAAAUGGGCAUUUUGGUGGCAAAGGGUGCACUCAGCUCAAAGCAUCCUGUGCCAGCGCUGGAGGAUUCUGGCAGCUCCCCCCGAGGCUCACGCUGCCCUCCCCUCCCUUCUGCUCGCUCGUGUCCAGCGCCUGCUGCCUCUGUCAUAUCCCAAACCUGUGAUCGUGGGCAUGUUGCACAGCUUAAUAAAAGCCUUGGAGCUGAA